AUGGCUGGUUACAUUGCCGACAAGCUGUGUCCUCAGCUCAUCCAUAUCUCGCCAAACUUCGAAAAGUACUCGGCCAAAGCAAAAGAGAUUCGUGCUGUGUUAACAAAAUUCGACGCUCGAUUUGAGGCUGCAAGUGUUGACGAGGCAUAUCUCAACAUCACGAACUACUGCGAAGAACACAACAUGAGCCCUGAAGAUGUCGUCCAACAACUUCGCGCAGAAGUACAUCAAGAGUGCCUAAUCACUGUCUCGGCCGGCAUCGCCGCGAAUGCGAAACUCGCAAAGAUCUGUUCGAACAAGAACAAGCCCAACGGCCAGUUCACGUUACCGUCAGACCGCGCCAGUAUCAUGUCAUUCAUGAAGGACUUGCCCACACGGAAGGUGAAUGGCAUUGGCAGAGUUUUCGAACGUGAGCUUGACGCCAUUGGGGUAAAGACUUGUGGUGACAUUUUUGCGCAGCGUGCUUACAUGUCCAAACUCUUUGGAGAGAAAGCCUUCCAAUUCCUCAUGGGCGUAUACCUAGGACUUGGCAGGACGAACGUUCAGCCUGCAGAAGAGUACGAGCGUAAGAGCGUUGGCACGGAAAGCACAUUCAAGGAGAUGUCAGACCCUCAACAGCUCAGAGACAUGCUUCGACACGUCGCUGAAGAACUCGAGAAGGAUUGCGAGAGAACGCAAUUUAAAGGAAAAACCCUGGUACUGAAAGUGAAGUUACAUACAUAUGAGAUUCUAACCCGUCAGGUCGCUCCGCCGAAAGCCGUGCAUCAAGCUGAUGACCUCUACAAAUUCGCCUUGCCUAUGCUCGUCAAGCUGGAAAAGGAUAUCCCAAAGUUUACCUUGCGCCUUAUGGGACUGAGGCUCACGUCGUUGAUCAGUAUGAAGAAAAGCAACAUCGACACCUUCUUUGCGCCAAAACCGCAGUCUGCAGCAAAAAAGCCGUCCAUGCCUGCCGGCGAAGGCGAAUGGGAGCAAUGGCCUGACUCGGAAUUCGAAGAUGCCGCUCGCCAAGAGAAGCAGGAUGACUUGGAUACCCUGGAAAAGAUGAGUCAGGAGUACAUCGAGGAGUACAAAAAUACUCCGAAACCAUCAACGGUCGGGCGCGCAGGAACAAUAAUAGCAAAUGUGCCUGCAGCGACUUCUGAAGGUACAGAACAGGAAGAAAAAGAUGAGCAGGAAGAAACAUGGAGCUGCCCUAUUUGUAGUCAGCCACAAUCUGCUGAUGCUGUACUCUUCAACCAGCAUAUCGAUGGAUGCUUGUCGAGGCAGACGAUCAAAGAGAUUGUUCGUGAAAAUGCGUCGCCAUCCCAUUCACCACAAGAGAAAACUUCUAUGCCUGGGCAAGGUAAANAGAGAGGUCGACCAAAGGCGCCGGACCCGCAGCCGAAGCGGCCAAAGAGCGCCUUCUUCUCUCGAUGA